AUGUCGGAUAGCAUCUCAGCCGACUGGCUAUUAGUGGCCGGCAAUCACACUCGCAACCGCCCGCCGCAUCUCAAUGACAGAAAUUUCAGCUCGACCCAAGCCGACGGUCCCUCUACAGGACCAUCUGGCCAGCCUUGCCAGACUGACCUUGUCGCGACCGCGGACCUUGAGCUCCAGUUCAACAACAUCGACCUCAUGGAUGGCAGUCCUGCCGCUCAAUACCCCCCAUCGCUUGACACAGAUCAGUCAGAGAGCACUCUGUCGGCUGGGACUAUCACCGAUCUGCAUCAGAUCGAAACCCAGAUCGAGACGCUGCAGUACAUCAUCGACCACCCCGUCGAGCCGAACGAGCGGCAGCCUUUGACGGUCGAAGCGCUCCAAGCUUUAGAGUGUAGCAAUGGUAAUCAGCGAUACCAUCACGACCUCUCUUUGUGGUGCCAGGAAGGGGCACUAUUUGGCGACCACACCUCCAGAGUACGGCUGACCGAGAGCAUGAUGGUAGCUCACCAUGCCAAGAGCCAAGAUACCGACGUCACCGGGUCUUCCUGGAGCGUUCUGUCGACGAAGACCCACAUCGACCAUACCGCCGACCAUGUCAGUGGUGCUGGUGGCCUUUUCUACGAAACGGUCGCCGCUCCCCAGUCCUUUGACGACGAUGGCGAUAUUGUAAUGGAAUUGUAA